CAAAAAACUAAAUAAUAUUUUAAUGAAAUAAAACAAUUUAACUAACAACCUAUCUCUUAAUCAUACGUAAAACUCUAAAAGCUUUAAAUUAGUCAUACCCUCAGUUGUUAUCAAUAUUGACAUUAUAAAAACCAUUAUUUUCAGUGAUUCUUGUAAAGUGAAGGUGCGAUGUUGUUUACGUAAAAUAAUUAGAAAUGAAAACACAAUUAAUAAAUAUGUUUAGGAUUAUUUUGAGUAGUUUGUUAAUGUCAACAGUGCUAUGUGUCUACCAAAACAGUAGCGCACUGAACAAAAGAAAUUUCAUUUAUGAUACAUACAAAUAUGACACGAGAAUAGAACUUAUUGUCAAUAAUGAAACGGAACAGAUCAUGGAUUUCUAUGAGGAGACGGAAUUGUGGCAUGGCUACCCUACUCGAGUACAUGUGUCCACCAAUGAGACACUGAAUGUUGACAACCCUAUCUUUGUGACCGCUACUCAGCAAAAAGGAGUAUCAUCAUGGGAGCUACCGCUAUUGGUGCAGACACAGAGUGGAGCGCUGUUGUUCUCCAGCAUGGCGCGGACUCUCUGCCCACAUGACGCGGGACCGGACAUUAAGUCGGAGAACCGUCCGAUGAUCCAGAUCACCACGUCCAACCCUCGGAACGUCUCCGUCGAUAUCAAGCUACGUCGGGUCACCGACUUUUACGUGGACGUCAAUAAGGAGUUGUCCCUGAACGUGACCCCGAGCUCGCCGAAGUACUACUUCUUCUCGUUCGACCAGCAUCCGUGGAACAUCACUGAGAAGGGACCAAAACAGAUGAGCUCCAGGUUCAACUACACAAUACCAAAGAGUGUAAUUCUGAUCAUAGAUUCCGAUGACGAUAUUUGUGCCACCGUCUCCAUACAGAAUAACUCGUGUCCAGUCUUCGACAGUGAGAGGGAGGUGCUGUACAAGGGGUACCACCUCACCAUGAUGAGCAAGGGGGGCAUCACGCUAACGCAAUCAAUGUUCCCGGCGGGUUUCUACAUAGUGUUCAUAGUGAAGGAGAGCGACCAGCAGUGCUCGGGCACCACCACCAGCGCCGCCCCGCACACUGUCGCUGAUGGGAACCGGAUGAAGAACUUCAGAUUCCGCGUGAUAGCCACGGUGUCGUACCGGGAGUACGUGGUGGGGGCUCUGGUUACGCUGGCGCUGGUCGCCGUCGUGGCGCUGCUCGUCAUCGUCGCCGUGGUCGCCUGCACCUGUAAAUGUAGCGAGACAGUAGUUAUAGUGGAAUCGGAGCCUAUACCGCAUGCUUCGACGUCCGGCGAGACUAGCUGCGCACGCGCAGGCCCUGAUACUGCGCGGAUACUCGACGAUAGCGAGGAUGAUGAUAUUGGGAUCGAGGAGGAGAAAUGGUCCCACUCGCAUCCGCUGACAGUACAGAAGCUGACGCGCGCCCCGCCCGAGACACAGGCGCGGAGAUCUGACAGGUACUUCUGGGGCGCGCUGACGGUGGCGGUGGUGUACGCCCUGCCCGUCGUGCAGCUACUCUUCACCUACCAGAGGAUGGUAUUCCAAACCGGUGACCAGGACCUCUGCUACUACAACUUCCUCUGCGCCCAUCCGCUGGGAUUCCUCUCGGACUUCAACCACGUGUACUCCAACGUGGGCUACGUGGCCCUGGGACUGGUCUUCAUGGCUCAGGUCAGGCAUCGACAGAUCAAGAAUAGGGGCAAGCCGCAGGAUAUGGGCGUCCCGCAGCACUAUGGGUUGCUGUACUCCAUGGGCCUGGGGCUGGUCAUGGAAGGUCUUCUCUCGGCCUGCUACCAUCUCUGUCCCAACAAGAUGAACUUCCAAUUCGAUUCCUCAUUCAUGUAUGUGAUAGCUGUGCUGGUGAUGGUCAAGCUGUACCAGAAUCGGCACUCCGACAUCGUGCCCAGCGCGCAUUCCACCUUCAUGGUCCUCGCCGUCGUCAUGACCAUAGGUCUAUUCGGUAUCCUAUACCCGAGCGUACCAUUCUCGGUGCUGUUCACCAUCCUGCACAUGGUGACCUGCUUCGUGCUCACCUUGAAGAUAUACUACGCCGGCAGGUUCAAACUUGAAUGGUCGGCGUUAUCCCGCGGCGUGUCAGCCGUCCGUACCCGUCGCGCGCGGGCCCUAAGGCCUGCUCACGCCGCGCGCGCUGCCCUGCUCGCGCUGGCCUUCCUCGCCAACUGGGCCUUCGCCAUAUACAGCGCGGUAGUCCAAAACAAGGAUUUUGCUCGCCAACUGCUGGCGAUACUAAUGGGCAACGCGAUCCUAUACACCAUGUUCUACGUGGCCAUGAAGCUCAUCCAGGGGGAGCGACUUGCCCCCCACACGUGGCUCUACGGGAUCCUGGCUCAUGCUGCAUGGUUCGCGGCGCUACAUCUGUUCUUGGACUCCAAGACUAAGUGGUCGGAAACUCCGGCCCAGUCCCGGCGCCACAACGCAGAAUGCUCAAUACUCCAACUCUACGAUUCGCACGACGCCUGGCACCUUCUGUCUGCGGCCGCCAUGUUUCUCUCAUUCAAUAUGUUGCUGACUAUUGACGAUCUAGUUGCCAACACACACAGAGACAAUCUCAACACAUUCUAGACAUCUUAUACAUCUAUACAACUGUAUCAAUCAGCCUAUAAGU